AUGUCUGGUCUUGUUCUAUCUUGUCCUGAAACAACAGUCGGUCGUCCGAAUGGGGCGGAAGAUUUCUCUCAUGAACCUCCAACUGUAAGCCUCGCGGGGUCAUACUACUUCUUCAGUGGCCCUAAAAGGAGUUACGGAGUUGUUCAUAAAGAAAUCUCUUCGACCACGAAGCUUGACUUUGACCACACACAUGGAGACCGAAACUCCGAGUACAUCAUUCUCGGUCCUAGCCUUCGCUUCUUUCGAUGCAGUCGUAACUGGAAAGGAUACGUCGCUGCUCAGAAUAAUAGUGAUUUCGAAGAUUACGAAGACGUCACUGAUCUCUUUACCGAGAACGACGUCGAGCGUCCUCCAUUUCUCUACCUCGGCCCCAACAAGACUUUCUACACUCGCGUAGCCGACGGCACCGAGAAAUGGAAGCUAUCGAACGAGAUCACUUGUAAUGGCUUGCAGGUCACAUCCAACGCGGUCCGGUCUGCCGUGGAGAGUCUCUGGCUCGGUGUUGAAGGUGCAUGGGUUGCGCAGUACCGAGACACUCGCUUCAGAUUUGACCUCAAAGGUCAGUAUAAGAGCCUGGAGAAGGUCAUGCGGAAGAAGAAGGACGAAGAAGUCUCGAUCAAUGCCCUGGCGUUGAAUGUGACGGAUGGACGUUCGUAUGCUUGUGUCUUCAAUGAUGGCACUGUGGUGUAUGAGGCUGGAAGGGCGAGAUUUGAUGGCAAGGAGUUUGAGUAUUGGUGUGAGCAGAAUUUCCGGUUCACCCAGAGACUGACCUAUGCCUAA